UAUUUUGACGAGGACAACGCAGCCAGUUCACGUAGUUGCUGUAGUGGCCGUACUUCUAAUAAGUUCUUUGGUUUAUCCAUCUCUAGUUCACAGUAACCAUCGGUUACAACCGGAGCCAAUGGUUCAUGAGCAAAGUACAUUCGCCAAUUUGUUAUAUUUAGCUGCAUUCUGCACUCACUUUGGUACACAAGUUUGGAUGACAUUUGUCUCAGGUCUGGCGUUAUACUUCUCGCUUCCGAGACACACGUUUGGGCUCUGCCAGGAAGUUUUGUUCCCGAAAUAUUUCGCGUUAAACGCUGCGCUCAGUGCCGCAACCCUUAUUCUGUACGCGCGUCGAGGUGCAACCACCGAUUCGGUGCAACUGUUCGCUCUUGCAUUCUGCACGGCGCUUGAGCUGGGCGUGCGCUUGUAUUUAGCGCCGCCGAUUUUGCGUCUGAUGCGCGCCAAGAACGCCGUUGAAGCAGCGGCAGGAAUCGGGAAUGAAGUGGGCCAACUAAACGCUGGAGAACUGAUAAAGAAGUGUCCACAUUAUGCGUCGCUGCACCGUGCGUUCAGAAGCGUACAUGUUGCUGCGGCAGCAGCUAAUGUCAUGGCUAUGGCUUGCACGUUUGUGCAUUUGCAUCAUUUAGCUGGUAGGAUGUCGGGUCUAUGAGAUGCAGAAGUUACUGUGCCAUUUAGAGUGAAAGUAGUCGUGUGAGUAAUCACAUUUUUAUGACACUUUAUUUACAACAAUAGCGAUUCAGAUUGCUAUGUUAAAUUAUAAAUAUCAUUA